GUUUAGUUCAUGAGAAUUGAUUUUUCUAUUUCAAGGUUCCAAUAUCUUUGAUAAAUUUUCGAAAAUGUCAGUGAAACCCAAGAAUAAAAAACGAUGCUUGUCUAUCAUCGCUUCUGCAGUGUGAACUCUGCAAAAUGUAGAUUUUCGCAUGCGUUUUACUCUUCUGGAACUUCGUCAGAAACACGCGCCAAGGUGGGCAAUAUCAGAAGAAGAGAGAAGUCUCUUGUUUUCUUCAGUUCCCAGAUCGCCAAACAUGGAAGAAACGGUAAUCUCAGAGAAGCUGAAUUGGUGUUCUCACGAAUGCCUAAAAAAGAUACCAUUUCCUGGACUGCCAUGCUCACUGCGUAUGCUCAAAAUGGUGAAAUUGGUAAAGCACGGAAGAUGUUCGACAAAAUGCCUGAACGAAGUAUUGCUUCUUAUAAUGCGAUGAUUACGGCUUAUGUCAAGAACAACUGUAGAAUAGAUGACGCUUUCGAGUUGUUUUCCAGGAUUCCCGAGCGCAAUGCGGUCUCUUAUGGUGCUAUGGUUUCGGGUUUUGUGCAGGCAGGGAUGUUUGAUAAGGCUGAGAAGUUGUACAUGGAGACACCGAUUGAGUUUCGUGACCCGGUUUGUUCUAGUACAUUGAUCAAUGGAUAUUUGAAGUUGGGGAGAUUAGAAGACGCUGUUCGAAUGUUUGAUGGUAUGGUGGAUAGGGAUGUGGUUUCAUGGAGCUCUAUGGUUGAUGGGUAUUGCAAAGCAGGAAGGAUUGUGGAUGCUCGAGACUUGUUUGAUAGGAUGCCUGAUAGAAAUGUGGUUACUUGGACGUCGAUGAUUAACGGGUAUAUAAAGGAUGGGAAUUUUGAAGAAGGGUUUGGGUUGUUUCUCCAAAUGAGAAGGGAAGAAAAGGUGGAUGCCAAUCCCACUACCUUGAGUGUAAUGUUUGAUGCCUGUGGCAGUUUUUCAAGGUAUAAAGAAGGUAUUCAGGUGCAUGGGUUGGUGACACGAAUGGGACUAAACUCUGAAGUCUUCUUAGAUAAUUCCAUUGUUAUCAUGUAUUGCAGAUUUGAUUGUAUGGAUGCAGCUGCUAGUAUGUUUCAUGCAAUGAGCAAGAAAGAUGCAAUUUCAUGGAAUUCCUUGAUUGUGGGUUACUUACAAUAUGGUGAUAUUGAAGAAGCUUUGAAAGUUUAUGAGAGAGCGCCGAAAAAUGAUGUGGUCUCUUGGAAAACCAUGAUUUCAGGACUUUUCAGCAAAGGUUUGAGUGAGAAAGCCAUCCAACUGUUUGGCAUGAGGCCCAAAAAAGAUACUGUCUCUUGGACCUCUGUAAUUUCGGGGUUUGUGAAAAAUGAGGAUUAUGAAAAUGCUUUUUGUUGGUUUACUGAGAUGCUUCACGAAUCUAUCAGGGUCACGCGUCUAACUUUGAGCAGCAUGCUUGGUGCUUCAGCUGGUUUGACCACUCUAAACCAAGGAUUGCAGAUCCAUGCUCUUGUAGUAAAGAUGAACAUGGAAUAUGACUUGUCCAUCCAAAAUUCUCUUGUCUCGAUGUAUUCAAAUUGCGGGGAUGUGCCCAGUGCUUGGAAGAUUUUCAUAAGUAUCAGUUCACCGAAUAUUGUUUCUUUUAACUCUAUGAUUACUGGUUUUGCCCAAAAUGGUCAUGGCAAAGAAGCACUUGAUUUAUGUAAGAAAAUACAGAAUGAAGGGUGCCAACCGAACGAAAUCACCUUUCUGGGUAUUCUUUCAGCGUGUGUCCAUGUAGGGUUAGUGGAACAAGGACUGAAAUACUUUAAACUUAUGAAAUCUUUAAAUAAUAUAGAAGCAAGGCCUGGUCAUUAUGCUUACAUGGUUGAUCUCCUUGGCCGAGCCGGUUUACUUGACGAAGCUGUGGAACUGAUCCAUUCAGUGCCAUUUGAGCUGCAUUCCGGACUCUGGAGAGCUCUUCUACGUGCAAGCAGGACCCAUUUACGUCCUGAUCUUGCAGUGCUCGCAGGUCAAAAAAUCAUUGGUUUGGAGCGUAAUAAUUCAACUCCUUAUUUGGUGUUGCCCAACUUUCUUUCCGAUUCAGGUGAAAAGAAGGAAGAGCAACUAGAUAUAACCAAGCAGUUAAAAGGAGUAAGAAACAGUCCCGGUUGUAGCUGGAUUGCUGUGAAGGACAAAGUUCAUUUGUUCUUCGUAGGAGAUCAGUCUCAGAGUGAAGUAGAGAAGAUUAAAGUUAUACUAUGGUUGCUGAGGACCGAAAUAAGACAGCUGCACUGACAUAGUUCAGGAGUGGCCCCUCAUUUAGCAUGAUCUUAACUAAAAUGUGCAGGAUUUUACAGACUCAGGCCAAAAGUUUGUUGUCUUUUUUAGAGGGUAGAAAAAGUUUGUUAGAGGCUUUUUGUUGACUGCGUGGAUCUUAAUUAUUGCCCAGAGUUAGCAUGCAUGCGGAGCCAAUUUUUAAAUCAGGCAUUCGGAGGGGCUGUUCUUAUCCAUUGGCUUUAGUUUCAUUCUUGCUGCAAUACCAUAUAUAGCUUGUUUUUCCAUUCAACUUGCGGGAGCUAUUGAGCAUACUUUUCAAAGCUUAUGCAUAAAUGUGACUUUGAUGUUUAUGAGCCAGUUUAUGCUGCUCAAAGCUAUGCUCUGCCAUCAUAUCCUAAUGGUAAGAUGUUUCUUAUUAUCUAAACCACCAUUUGUUGACAAUUUUGUCACCAGAUUUUCUGUUUUUUUCAAAGAUUUAUUUCUUAACAGUUGUUUAGAGAGAUCUUGCAGGAGAAUGAUAAAUUAAGAGCUCAUCCAUCAGCAAAACCUUGACUUUAACAGCCGGUUUCUGCUUGUUCUUCU